AUGAAUUUUUUCGAUAAACUUAAAGGUGAACUCAACUUAGGCGAAGAAGAGUUAAAUAAAAAAACUAUUCAAAUAAGGUUAUUCUACCCACAUACCUUGGAAUUAAAUAGUAAUUCAACAAAAUUAAUAGAUAAUUUCAUAGUUAAUGGUACUCUUAACAUUGUCAGAAGACAAAAGGGUAUAACAGUAUUCGGUAGAAUACUAAAAGAAAAAUUCACAUUAUUACACGAGUGUUACAGCACUUUCAAGUAUGAAGAUUUCCCACUGCAAAAAUUCAUACUUUACACCCCAGGAUAUCACUAUGUCCACUUCUACACAUUUACAAAAAACAUAAUAAAAAAAAUAAACAAUCAAAUGGUAAAAGAAAACUGGGGAUUGGAGCCAUUACUAAUAGAUGAAUGCAACAUAGUAAUGCUACCAGAUGUGAUUAGAUAUUCAUGCAUACUAUUAUUUAAUAAAGAAGAUGAUAUCUCAAUCAUUAAAACAAACAUUGAUGCUAUAAAAGGUAGUAAGCAUCCAAUAAGAGCCUUCAUCUCUGAAUAUAACAAUAAAGAAAUAAGAGAUGUUAGAAAAAAAAAAAACACAAGUAAUAAAAACCAACUACAAAUACAACUAAAUCAAUACCAUCAACUCCACCAACAACUAAUGCAUCAACAACCACACCAAUAA